AUGGCAGCCCAAGGCCACCCCUACUACCCGCGCGAUGCACUCAUCCCCGGAUAUGCGCCCAACGAGACGCCUCUCCCGGUCGUCCUGGGCUUGUUUGGUAGCAUCGUCUUCUCCUUCACCGCUGGGUCUGUCGUGCUGGCGAAGCGGUAUAACCCGGGUCUGAGGAGGGCAGACCAGCUGAUCGUCGCCUGGUUUGCGCUGUGCGGCUUCCUCCAUCUCUUUUUCGAAGGCUACUUCGUCCUGCGUCACGCCUCGCUCGCAUCUUCCCAGUCCCUCUUCGCCCAAGUCUGGAAAGAAUACGCCCUCUCCGACUCGCGCUACCUCACAUCCGACCCUUUCAUGCUCUGCAUCGAGACACUGACCGUGCUGAUCUGGGCCCCGCUCUCCCUGACGACCGCCGUCCUCGCCGCGCGCGGCCGCCCCCGCGAGCAGGGCGCGCGCCACCUGCUGCAGGCGCUCGUCAGCGGCGGCCACCUGUACGGCGUGGCGCUGUACUACGGCACGUGCGCGCUCGCGGAGCGCCUGCGCGGCGCGACGUACAGCCGGCCCGAAGUGGUGUAUUAUUGGGGCUACUACGUGGGCAUGAACGCGCCGUGGGUUGUUGUUCCGGCUGUGCUGCUUUGGCGCAGCGCGAGGGAGAUUCGGGCGGCUUUCGCGGCGAUCGCGAGGGUGGAGGAGGGGAGGAAGGGGAGGUGA